AUGUGCCACCUGUGGGUCACUUAUGGCUCUCAAGCCACUUGUGGCGCACCAAAGGAUUUUGGGCAGCCUGCAAAAAAUGUAGAGGAUGUUUUUCUCCACAUUUUUCGUGGGCCUCUGGAAAUCUUUUGGUAUGUCACAAGCGGCCCGAGGGCCAUAAGUGGCCUGCAGGCCUGGCAUAAGGGAAUUCCUUCUAUCAUGCACAUUGAUCCCACCAAUUUUCCUCCCAACGGCCUUCCUCGCGCCUGCUUCCUUUCCUCCUCCUCCUCCUCCCCCUUCUCCCUGGGUUGCCCCUUUUCCCGAAACCCCCUCAAACCCCAGGAAUUCGAGAGGGGGAUUUCUAAGACAGGGACAUUCAAAAACACACACUCGAGGCCCACUGAAGCGAGAAUACGAUAGAGCCUGGUCAACAUUCUCGACACAGGAUCCCGUGAGGGGCAGCCAGCCAAUGCCAGACCCUCACUCGCAAUAGUCCCACCCCCUGCAGCAUCCGCUACGGUCUUAGCCAAUAAGAAGGACAGACCUCUAGUACCACCCAAUGGGAGUCAGAGAAGCGGCGCCAUUGGCCGGGGCUGUACCGCAGUGCAGUCUGGGCCUCCGCCUCCGUUACCCUGGAGCCCGAGUCGCUGCUCCAAGAGCCUCCGCCCCCGCCCCCGCCCCCGCCCUCGUCCCCGCCCCCGGCUCUGGGUUCAAACACAGCGCAACCUGGCAACCGCAGCCCAUAGCCAGCCCCGCAGCCUCCCGGGGAGGGAGUCCCUCACCGCCCUCGGGCGUCUGCCCAUUGGUGGGCUGACGCGAAGAUCUAGGGCUGGGAGGCUCCUUAGCGGAGAGGAAGGUGGAGAAGACCGGCCAGAUUUGGGAUACUUCUGGAGAAAAGGACCCGUGAAAUUAUGUGAAUACAGACUAUAUGUCAAAACAAUGGAAGAAAGAACAAGAAGCACAGAUUUCAAUCAAGACGGAUACUCAGAACAAGAACGAUAUAGUGAUACCUUUUGUUCAGAUGAUUUUCAAAGUUCGUUUGCUUCUACCCUGUCAUCAACCCAGAAGGCCUGUUGUACUCCAUCAGUAAGGAAGAAAGGUACUAAGAUACACAGUUCAGAUAGUCAAGUACAACACCAAGCCCCUAGAAAAAUAAGCUACAAGUUUCCACCAAACAGAAGAGGAUUCCGAAUGGGAUGUCGUAGUGUCAGUAGGGAGCCUUCCCAGAGAGAUAUUGAUCUUCUCACUAAACGGGUUCUUUCUGCCAGACUGCUGAAAAUCAAUGAGCUGCAAAAUGAAGUGACUGAACUCCAGUUCAAAUUAGAUGAGCUGCUAAAAGAAAACAAGGCUUUGAAAAGGCUUCAGUACAGACAGGAGAAAGCCCUGAAUAAGUUUGAAGAUACAGAAAAUGAAAUCUCACAACUUAUAGUCAGACAUAACAAUGAGAUUAAGGCACUAAAAGAGCGCUUAAGAAAAUCUCAAGAGAAAGAACGGGCAACUGAUAAAAAAGUGAAAGACACAGAGUGUGAACUUCAUAGGACAAAAUGUUCUUUAAAGAAACUGAAAAUGCUCUCUGAAGCUAAGCACUUACCUGAACGAGAAGAUCUGGCAAAGAAACUAGUCUUAGCAGAGAACAAAUUAGACGAUACUGAGAAAAAAAUUAAGGAACUAUCAAAAAAUCUUGAGCUGAAUACUAGUAGUUACCAACGACAGUUGCAUGCUGAAAAGAAAAAGUCACAUGAUGCUCAGAAUGAAAAUAAAGUUCUUCAAAAGGAGCUACAACAAUUAUGUCAAAAACUGAGGGAAAAAGAGAGAGAACUGGAUGUAAAAAAUAUAUAUUCUAACCGCAUACUGAAGAAAACUCCUAAGAAAGAUAGAGAUGCUUCUCCAAGAAAAUGUGUAUCUGUGAGCCACAAAAUUACAGAAAUAUGUAGCUCAAAAGGAGUACAAACCAGUGAAUAUUUCCAAGAAGAUGACUUGUCAUCACCAGCUUCUGUUUCUCAAGACUCACCCAGACCAGAAGAAGAGGAACUACUUACUCGGGAACCGGAAGACUCAGAAGGUGAAGAUGAAGCUGAGACUCCAAGUACAGAAAGAGAAGAGAAACUUACAAAAAAUGAAGAACUAUGUGUUAUAAAACAAAAAGCUGAGAUUCUUCAAGAUGAUUGGACAAAAGAGGACCUUAAGGAAAAUCAAACAGAAAGUAUGAUUUUAAUAGAGAAAGAAGAAAAACCUAGAAUAGAAACAGCAAUUUACCAUAUUGAAAAUGAAAAUAGUCAGAAGUCAGAAGAAGAAGAAGAAGAAAGAUUAAAGAAAGAGAUGUUACUUGCUAAAUUGAAUGAAAUUGACAGAGAAAUACAAAAUUCCCUGAACUUAAGAAGUUCACACUCAAAUUUAAUCUGUCCAGAGAAGAAAUCCCAAAGUUUCAGGUUCUCAGAAUCCACUGAGAGGUUAUUUAAUGGGUUUCUUAACCAAGAUGGCAGUUAUAUAUCCACAAAUAAUGACAACCAGAAAAAAAGAAGUUUUUGGAGCCCAACCUCUGCCCCUGAUUUCACAUUUGGUAGUUACGUGCCUUCUUUUGGGAAAACAUCAGAGAGGUCAAGUCUGUUGAAUCAAAAAAGUGGCAUUGCAGAUUUGCCAAGAAGCACUAAAGAUAGUGGAGAUUUAAGUACAAAAAAGGAGAAAAAAGCUAAUCUCAUGGAGCAACUAUUUGGUGCCAGUGCCAGCAGCACCAUUUCCAGUAAAAAUAGUGCCUCAAGUUCUCUGACUAAUAGCAAAGGGGACUUUGACCCUCUAAAUGUACUCCCUAAGGAUAAAGGCAGCAGAAGCAAAGGACAAGAUGAAGAUGAUGACUUUUUCCUUAGUGAAGAGAGAAGUUUUAACCCAAACAGGCACCGGCCAAAACACACAAACAAUCGACCAGCAGUAAAGGCAGUUGAUUCUUUGGAAGAUGAAAUUGAAGAAGUAGUACUGAGAUGACUAUACAUAUUUUUCCAAUUCUCCUGAAGACUUCUGCAACCGUACUGAUUGUAAAUCCCUGGCAGAUGCAGACAGAGGUGAUGUCAGAAGAUAUUUCACUGUGUAAACAACUCAUUGCUGCCACAACCUGAAAUACUUGUAUGUAGCACAAUCCCUUAAUUUCUCCCCACUAGUGUACUCUUUAAUCAGGUGUGAGAUUUGAUACCUAGUCUUUUCAUUAGAACUACUCCAGGCCAGCUCUGAGGACAGACCCUCCAGCAAAAGCAAUCUCAUUACACCAAGAAAGACUGCCAGCAGAAAUAUCUCCCCAGUGAUAGAGAUGUGCACUUUAGUUUUGACAGGCACAGUGAUGUUUCCAUUUUAACCUAGUGUCUACUUUAUGUUAGUAAAUUUUAUCUGUAUAAUGUAAUUUUUGAAGCAUUAUUGGCUUAAACUGAAUAGCCAAAUUAAAUAUAUUGAACACCAGAAUAUAUAAAUGAUAGGUAAAGAUUUAAAUGCAGUUCAUUUAUAGCAAAAAAAUGUACAUUACUAUGCCUACAGGCAAGUAUAUUUCUUGACUCAAUGAAAAAUAUCAAGUCAAAAUUAUGUUUUCAUAAUAAUGUAGUUUUGAAAUUUUAAUGUAUUGUUGAAGAUUUGAACCUACACUCAAAUAGGCACUAAGGGGACAGCAUUAGUAUAAUGUUGUCUUGUACCUCUGAGUUAGUAAGCAACUGCUUUUUAAGACCAUGACUCUGCUUUGGCAAGUUGAUGUAGGCAAGAGAGAUCUUUUUCAGAUUAUAGUGGUCUCCCCUGGACUGCUGUAAUUGACCAUCAGCUAUAGCAGGAGUGUCCUGUAUAUACAAGGAGUAUAUUCAUGUUUUUUAGAUUCAACAGAAAAGAAACAUAGGUCCAGGAUGAGGAAUGAGGAAAAAUGGUAUGGCAAAGAAUGAGUAAAGAUUCAAGAAUGGCACAUGCUAUGACAAAUGAUUUAUUCUUCCAUCAAUGUUAUUGAUGAAUUUGGCUAUGCAAGGUUGAUUUCCAAUAACAUGAAUACUAAGGGGCCUCAAAUUGUAGUAUUUAUUUUGGAACCUGUACAAUAUCUCUUCACUUAGUUUGACAAGACUUAAUUUACAAGUCUCUAAUAUAUAUUUUUCCUACCUUAUAAAAGGUGAUCCUCAGAUAUUAAAAAUGGGCAAAAUAACACUGACUAUAUUAAUAACAUUAUUAGUAAUAAUGAUUAUUAUUAAUAACACUAUAUUAAACAGUACUCACUUUAUUAAUAAAGGGACAUUGAUGUAUAACAAACAAUAUGUUACAAAUCAUUUUUAAGUUUGUAAAACAAACAAUUAUUGUAAUACAGGUCUGGUAUACAAUGAUUCUAAUUAUAUUUAUUAUGUAAUGUUAAUUUUGUGCAUAGCUGCUAAUUUU